AGAUGAUCCGGAUCGUGUUGUUUGUGUUGCAGGUGUCGGACGGAUGAGGAAGUAGCUCCACUGGUACGUGCGCUGAAUCGGACAGCGACACGCGAAUUCGUUUUUCCCUGGAGCGGCAGCAGUCAUGAAGCUUCGCCUGCACUUCGUGGUGGACCCUAUGGGCUGGCUGUGCAUCAGCAUGGUGUUCGGGAUCUGGCUCUACAACACUUUCUUUAUUCCCAAACUGGUUCUACUUCCACACUACAAUGAAGGACACAUCCCGUGGGCCAUAGUUGUUUGCUAUUACAUAGCAUCAGCGCUCUGCGUCUUGGCCCUGUUCAGAGCUUCCACAGCAGAUCCUGGGCGUCUUCCGGUGGACCCCCACAUACCUCACUCUGAGAGAGAGCAUUGGGAGUUGUGCAAUAAGUGCAACUUAAUGAGGCCGAAAAGGUCGCACCACUGCAGUCGCUGUGGCCACUGUGUGCGCAGGAUGGACCACCACUGUCCUUGGAUUAAUAACUGCGUUGGAGAAGAUAACCACUGGCUCUUCCUGCAGCUGUGUUUCUAUGCUCAGGUCCUCAGUUUAUUCACAUUGGUGCUGGACUUCUGCCAGUACUAUUACUUCCAGCCGCUGACAGAACUAGACCAGGAGAAAUUUACAACACGCCAUGAACUGGCUCUGCUGAGAGUGUCAGCACUCAUGGGUGUGGUCAUGUUCGGUGGCAUGUCCAGCUUGUUUUACACCCAAAUAACGGGCAUCCUUUCUGAUAUGACCACCAUUGAGAAAAUGGCUCAGUUCACAAAUGAAAUAUAUGGCGUUAAGAAAUCCUGGCAGUGGGCGCUGGCUGAAGUUUGCGGUACUCGCUGGAAACUCCUGUGGCUUCUCCCUCUCCGAAGCAGACAGCCGCUCCAGGCCGGCUACCACUUCCGCACUCAUGUGUAAGCUGGUCCAGCGCCUCCUACCUGCACAGAUGGUAGGAGCCGCCAUGAUGAAACACUGUACACACACUUAAGAAUCCAUCUGCUCACCUUCAACGUCCUCCUUUGUGCAAUGAGAGCAGGGCAGCGGUUUGUCAGUGGAUGCCAGAAGCUUUUUUGUUUUGUUUUUUCAAGGCCCAGACUGGCAGUAGACAGGGUCAAGAAACACCUUUGGGAGCGACAGGAAUCUUUUUUUUUUACCCACUGUGACUGCUACUUUUAGCAAUUGGAAACCACUUUUAAUGGCUAAUUGCAUCAGAAGGAUGGAAGUCUUCACCUGAAAGCUGCUGGCAAAAGAGACCCCUCUCAGGUUACCUAAUAAAGAGCCUUUACUACUGACCUUUAAUCAACCACCGACAGAACUUGGGUAACUUCAGUGUGUCUAUUAGGAAGGCAUUUUUUUAUGUAUCGGGUUUGUGCCUUGUUUCUUUUAGCGUUGUUCUUUUUUUAUCGGUGACACAUGAGCAGUGUUUUUGCUUUAUGUCUUCUGAUUAGUUCCACUUUCUUGUGAAGGGAUCUGCACUACUUUAGUUCAUUUGAAGAUUCUUGAAUGUUUUCCUGCAUUGUUCCACAAGCAUUUUAUGUACCAAGUGUUGUUUAAGGAAGCAUGGCCACAGAACAAAAUUGAAUGCUGAUAUGUGAUAAUUGUGCGACACACGACCAGCUGGGUGUGAAGAUGAGAAACCACUUAGUUAUAGCUUGGUAAAAACGUGUUCAAAAUUAGAAAUAAGCUCUUACAAUCAGUCUUAGGCUGUAUAUAUCAUAGUUAAACCUGCUGUAUAAUAGAGUUUAACAUUCCACAGCCAGUUAUUGUCGUGACCUGAUCAUAACUUGAUGUUAAAUUCUUACUGAAGGGGUUUGAGUGUCACAUAAUGUCUUCAAAGGUCAUUUAAAUCAGUCUGGUUAAAUCUUAAAGAAGUAGUUCACUGUUGUGGGAAGUACACUAAAUCCUCUUUUUGCUGAUAAUUCGAUUAGAAAAUCGAUGCCACUCUGUACACUAAUAUUAAAACUACAUCUAGGAGAUGGUUAGCUUAGCUUAGCAUCCGAACCUCAGCACCUAUAUAACCAAAACAUGUUUAUUUUACACAAUUUUUGUAAAUAUUCAAUGACUGAGAUAUAAUUAAUAGUAAGCUUUUUAGUGACAGGAUUUCAUACAUUUGAACAGAUCCAAGAUAAUUUAUUUCCUAUUUUAUAAUCUUAAUGCUAAGCUAAGGUUAUCAUAGCUUCACAUUUACUGACUAGACAUGAGAACGGUAUCAAUUUUCUCAGCUUUUUUCCCAUAAUGUCGACCUGUUCUUUUAUAUCUGUGUAUUUAUCUUGAAGGUUGCUGGUUUGUGAGGUACACCAGCACUAUUUUGUUUUGUACACUAAAUAUGGAACUACAGCUAGCAACUGGUUAGCUUAGCGUACCAAAAAGGGGCGAAAGUAAACAAGCAAACAAACAAACAGAAACACUAUCUGUAAAAAUACAGCCUGCCUAUUUUACAUUAGGUAUGGAUUAAAAGAAUGUGCUAAAACAUAAUCAGUAGUGAGCUUUAGGUAAGAACAUUUUCUGCUUUUUGAACAGCUUCUUCAUUUUAUAAUGUGAAUGCUUAGCUAGGUUAGUGGGCUGCUGGCUGUAGCUUCCUGAGAUGUUCCGUUAUAUCAGUCCUUUUAUCUUAAUAUUUGCUGGUUUGUAAGGUACACUAGCUCACUUAUUUACUGAGAACUCAAUGAGAAGACUGAUACCACUUUUAUGUUUGUACACUAGAUGUAAAACUACAGCUAGCAGCAUGUUAGCUUAACAGAGGAAAAAGAGUUUAAAAACCCAUGUAAAACCCCAACCUGCCUUUUUUUUUUUAACUUUUUUAAAACAGGUUUUUGUAUGGAUUAAAAGAAUGAGAUUAAACCUGAUAAGUAGAGAGCUUUUAGUAUGAGAAUUUUCUUAGAUUUGAACAGAGCCAAGCUAGCUCAUUCAUCAUUUUAUAGUCUUAAUGCUAAGCUAAGCCAAACAUGAGAAAAACGAUCAAUCUUCUGAGACUGUUUCUCACAAUGUAGACCUUUUUUCUUUCAGCCAUUUUUAUCUUAAAAGACUAGCUUGCUGUUUUAGAACAUACAAUAACUAAUUUCUUUGCUGAGGACUGGCUGCUGGUUAGCUUAGCUUAGCAUAGGACUUAAAUGACAUGAAGAACAAACACAAACUAUAAAACUGCAACUUGUCGAUUUUAUCCUUUUUUAUUCUCUGUUUUUUGAGUGGACUAAGCAAAUAAGAUUUUAAAUAAGCAGUUAACUUUUGCUAAGAACAUUUUCUCACCUUUAAACCAAGCGACUCCACUUUUAUACUCUAAUCGCUAAGCUAAGCUUGUAAGCUGGUAGUAGCUUAAUAGUUACUCAAUAUGAGAAUGUGUCAAUUUUGUCAACUCACUCCACAACAAAAAUGGAAAAAAAGUGCAUUUCCCACAAUGCCGAGCUAUUCCUUUAAACCACUCUGUUAGCAGAAAUCCUCUGUAUCAACCAUAGCACUUACAGUGCACCAUAUUGGCACGAAUAACUUGAAUAUAUGUCUUUAUUUUAUACUGUUGACAACAUCAUUUGUAAUUUCUAUGUAUCAUUUUAGCUGUCAUAUUUAUGUCUGAACAAGUGACUUUAUAAAUGCAUAUCUUUGAUUAAUACAGCAGAUUAGUCUGCUUGUGGUGACAUGAAGCAAGUUCACACUUGACACAACACUGCAAAAUUAUUUAUCGUGGUUUUGCUGUAAUUCUGUGAAACAAUUUAGAGAUUUGAUUGAAUUCCUGAACAGGAUACUUAAGGGGAUGAUAAUAAUAUUAGCAUUGUGUGGUUGUCAUUGUCUAUAAUACUCGGCAAUCUCUUAGUUAAACCUGUAAACAAAGCUUAUCGCGUGUGUGAGAAAUGUUAUAAUAUCCAAAUAGUGCCUGUCUAGGUCUUCUUUUUACUCUCACAGUUGAUCAUCAUCCUCGUUGUGUGGUCCCCAUACAAGCCAAAGACCAGGGGAAACGUUGCAAUAGUCAGCAAGUAUCCUGUAAAUGCAUGCUCCACCAAACUUCUGAUGGUAGCGGUUUAAUAUUAUGCACUGAAUUUCACAUUAGCACACAGUCUCAUUUACUGCAUCAGUGGUACUCGUGAAAGGAGGUCCUCACUUGAAGUUAUUUGAUUUGCCGUGUGUGGUUUGUAUAGGUUGCAUUUGCAUGAGUGUUUGCUGAUAACUUGAUAUUCAGGUUUUUGGAUGUUUGUGUGAAUUUUUUUUUUAUAUUUAUGUGUGGUGGUGGGGUUGAUCGGCACUAAAAAAAUGGUGAUACGAAAUGAACAUUCACAAUUUCUUCUCUUAUAGGUUUUGAAAGCAAUAAGCGUUGUCGGUAAAGCCAUCCGUAUCGUUCCAAAAGUCGUGAAAAUAUGAUGUUCUGUGACAUUUGUUAAGCGGUGGAUGGGUUUCAUUCAUUACUCACAAACCUGAGAUUACCUGAUUAAAGUAUGUGUCAGUACUUUAGUUUCCUCUGCCAAGAUUACUGCAGCUACGCAACAUAUUUUCAAUUAACAACAUGCCGACAGCUCAUGUUGUUAAUGAAGGAAUAACAGGAAGACUUGAGUUAAUUUGAUUUGAAUCAAAAGCUGCAGGAAACCGAAGGUGUGAACAUUUCUGAGAGGCUGUUUCUUAUUCACAUCGCCUCACUGCCUGGCGUCCCCCAGGACUCUCUGUUUGGAUCUGUGCAUUUUGUGCACUUGGUUCAUUUGCUCUAUUUUUUUUUAAAUGUGUUUUUAAGCUGUAUUUAUGUUUAAUUCUGACCUCAACAACUGGAACAAUUAUGUUUUGUGAAUUAAAUUAAUACACUAUAAACAUGUUACCGAUUUGUGUGUAGAAUGCCUCUGAGAAAUUGCCAAUUUAUUAUUUUACAAAUCUAUUAAUUGUGAUUAUAGAAAAUAUAUAGGUAUUCAUAUUCAAAUAAAUUAGAUUCUGAAUAAGUUUGAGCUGA